AUGGCGGUCAUGGAGAUGGACCCACCACCCGCAGGCGUCAGCCAGAAAGCCACGGAGGUGCAGAAAGAAUUCGGCUGGUUCAUGGCCAUCACAGCAUGGCUGGUUUGGCCCGCCAUUUGCGCACUGCCGCUCAGCCUCACGAUCGGGAGUGCCUACAGAUCAGUGUUCCCUGCUGGGUGGUAUGACGAGGCGCCGGUGGUGCCCGUUCUCGGCCUCUUCGGGGCAGACCCCCACACCGUGAAGCCGCUGGGCCUCGUGCUGGGCCUCUCUGCAGUGGCCGUGGGCCAGUUCUUCAUGAUCUGGUACCACUUCCUGCGCCGCUCUGCGCUCCUGGGCGAUUUGCAGCGACGGGAAGGUAUUUUCGAUGCCUUCGAUGGGAGCCUGGUGGACACGAUUUGCAUGAUCCUGGUGCCCCUUAUCAUCGUGGCGCGGCUGGUGCCAGCCAACAUCAUCACGUUCACCACAGGCAGACAUGGCGAGGGCACGCUGCACAACCCUUCGAGUUCGGAAGAAGAGUCGGAAGAAGAGUCGGAAGAAGAGUCGGAAGAAGAGUCGGAAGAAGAGUCGGAAGAAGAGUCGGAAGAAGAGUCGGAAGAACAGUCGGAAGAAGAGUCGGAAGAAGAGUGGGAAGAAGAGUCGGAAGAAGAGUCGGAAGAAGAGUCGGAAGAAGAGUCGGAAGAAGAGUCGGAAGAAGAGUCGGAAGAAGAGUCGGAAGAAGAGUCGGAAGAAGAGUCGGAAGAAGAGUCGGAAGAAGAGCCGGCAGAAGAGUCGGAAGAAGAGCCGGAAGAAGAGCCUGAAGAAGAGCCGGAAGAAGAGCCGGAAGAAGAGCCGGAAGAAGAGUCGGAAGAAGAGUCGGCAGAAGAGAGUCGGAAGAAGAGAGUCGGAAGAAGAGAGUCGGAAGAAGAGAGUCGGAGGAAGAGAGUCGGAAGAAGAGAGUCGGAAGAAGAGAGUCGGAAGAAGAGUCGGAAGAAGAGUCGGAAGAAGAGUCGGAAGAAGAGUCGGAAGAAGAGUCGGAAGAAGAGUCGGAAGAAGAGUCGGAAGAAGAGUCGGAAGAAGAGUCGGAAAGAAGAGUCGGAAGAAGAGUCGGAAGAAGAGUCGGAAGAAGAGUCGGAAGAAGAGUCGGAAGAAGAGUCGGAAGAAGAGUCGGAAGAAGAGUCGGAAGAAGAGUCGGAAGAAGAGUCGGAAGAAGAGUCGGAAGAAGAGUCGGAAGAAGAGUCGGAAGAAGAGUCGGAAGAAGAGUCGGAAGAAGAGUCGGAAGAAGAGUCGGAAGAAGAGUCGGAAGAAGACGAGCAGCCGGAGGCCGUGGGCCUCUUUCAGCUAUCUGGUUCCGACACCUUUGUUUUCACGGCCCUCGCCUGGAGUGCCCCGGCGACCCAGCCGUCCAUCGCCAAGUGCGAGGGAGCUGAAUAUGCCGAUGAGCUUCGCACACGAGCAUAUGUGCAUCAAAUGCAGACGGGCGUAUGUGCAUUACCAUCGUUGGAGGAAUCCGCAGCACCGGCAGUUCCAGUUUCAAUGUCCUUGGGAAGAUUGUGUUUGGUAUUACCUCAAAGGCGAGACGGUGGAGCAGAGAAGCAACCCGACAAGGUCUGUGACUGGCAAUGA